GGCUUCCUUAAUACCGCUUCCUGGUCUUCUAGGCAUGGCGCUUGUACUCGAUAAAGUCUCUUAAAAAGCGGACAAAGUGUGCCUGCACGCCAGGCGCCCAGACGACCUCCUCUCAGUUCGCUCUGAACGCUAUCGGAGCCUCAUGCAUCUCCGCAAGCUUCUAGUCGCCGCCGUAGCUCUCAGCGGAGCUUCUCCGUCGGCUUUGGUUCAAGCUGCCCAAGUGCAGAAACCGGGCUUGACCGUACCCGCGAGUGCCGCUGCGCACAAGGCAGCCGUGAAGAAGAUCUUCACGGACACCUACUCCGCCUACAGGGAGUUCGCUUUCGGACAUGAUGACCUCACCCCGGAGUCUAAGAGCUUCGCGGACGGCCUCGGCGGCUGGGGAGCCUCGAUGGUCGAUGCCAUGGACACUAUGUUGAUCAUGGGCAUUGAGGACUGGUUCUUGGAAGCGGUCAACAAAUCUGCGACCAUCGACUUCAAUCUCACGACGACGGACAGCACUAUCAGUGUCUUCGAAACCACGAUUCGCUACGUGGGUGGUUUCCUGGCCGCUUACGAGCUCAGCGGGCAGAAGUUCCCGAUCCUCGUCCAAAAAGCAAAAGAAGUCGCAAACAAGCUCGUCUUCGGAUUCACCGGCUCGAGCCCAAUCCCAUUCGGUCACCUCAACUUCACCACUAACAUCCCUGACUUCGAUACUUCUAACGUGGCAGAGGCUGGCACACUCACGCUAGAAUGGGACCGCUUGACCCACUACACCGGGAACGCCACGUACCAGAGCUUGGCCCUUGCAUCUGUCGAGCACAUUGCCAGUCUGCCCGACCCACUGCCCGGACUCCCAGGACAAGGAAUUGACCCCUCCACCGGUGACUCCGUCGGCGCCUACGUGACUUGGGGUGGAGGCACUGACAGCUACCUCGAAUACCUGAUCAAGUACCCUCGUCUGACAAACGCGCAUGAUGACCUCGCGACCGUAUGGGCGACCGCUGUCGACAGCUCCAUCAGGACCCUCCUCAGUACCUCGACAGUAGGCAACUGGACUUACCUUGCCGACUUCACCGACGACGCGGAGAUUCGCGUAAUCGGCUCGCAUCUCGCCUGUUUCCACGGCGGCAACUGGCUCAUGGGCGGCCAGAUGCUCAACAACAAAACGAUCGUCGAUGUCGGUCUCAAGCUCGUCGACGCCUGCUGGAACACCUACGCCGGCACCGCGACCGGCAUCGGUCCCGAAGCCUUCGCGUGGAUCUCGCCCCAAACCAACUUCUCGGGCGAGACGCCAUCCGCGUCCGACCUUGCGUUCUACCAGGAGCACGGCUUCUACAUCUACUCCGGCGACGGUUUCUGGCUCCAGCGUCCGGAGGUGAUGGAGAGCAACUUCUACGCCUACCGCGUUACGGGCGACACCAAGUACCUCGACCGCGCGGCCGCCGUCGUGCAGAGCUUCCAAGACUUCACCCGCGCGCCGCAGACGGGCGCCUACGCGCCGAUCAACGACGUCAACUCGAAGACAACGACACUUAUGGAUGACACGCAGUCGUUCUUCUACGCCGAGGUGCUCAAAUACCUCUACCUCACGUUCGACGACCCAAACCAUAUCAGCUUAAACGACUGGGUGUUCAACACCGAAGCCCACCCAUUCAAAGCCCCGCCCGCGAAGGCGACCUACGGCACAGGCAAGAUCAACCCGCCGAGCAGCAAGAGCGGCUCGCGCACCAAAGCGCAGCCCGCCAACCUGGCGCAGAUCAGCGAAAUACCUAUCGCUCCUAAACAGAUUGCGGACCUUUACAAGGGAUUCUAAGCCUUGCGUGUACCAUCGUGAAAUUGUAGAGCUCGAGGUUCAUUAUUGUUUCUGCAAGCCGCAACCAGCCUGCGCCAAUGUAUCCGCGAAGUCAACCAAGGUCUAUGUUUUGGCGAUCUUAUUCCGUAGUGACUUCAUCG